UGUUUUUCCAGAGAUUUGCCUUUAACCACGCAUCAAGUAAUGCAUUAAAACAGCGACAUUGGUCUUGGACGCAAAAUUAUGGAGAAGUGGCACGCAGGACUAAUGCAGACCUGCCGGCGACAGAUGUUGUGGUCAGUCACCAUCAGGAGGAAUAUGAGUGCUGCUGCCCCAGCCUCGUCCUCCUCACCCACGGCCACCUCCCGUUUCCUCCUCUGGCUCGAUCAGACCUUCCACGAUGUCGAGCCUCUACUGAACUGGAACGCCACCCUCAGAAAAAGGCUUGUCCGGAAAAAAAAUCUGUUCUAUGGCUAUGCACAGCGGAAUUAUGGUGAAAACAUUGCAGCAGCCUACUACAUACUGAACUUGAAAGGGGCAUUCAGGUUUGCAGGACAGACUGAAUGGUUCCGUUCCGGCCCCAGAGGAAGAUUCAGCUAUGACUUCAUGAACUACCCCGCCACCAAAAUAGAAGAAAUUGACCUGAGUGGCACACCUAUCAACCAUAAUGGACUAGACAACCUUGUAUCUCAGGUCCAUCUGCGGAAGCUUACCCUGAGGGGCUGCCCGGAGGUGGACGGGUGGUUCCUGUCACGUCUGCACGUGUUCAGCGAGACCCUGGAGGAGCUGGACAUCUCGCACUGCCCCAAAGUCACCACUGGAGCACUGAGCGCCCUCACCCACCUCAGGAUGCUGCGGCGGCUGGACAUAUCGGAGCUCGGCCGCGUUCAGAACCCCGGCCUGGUGCAGAUCCUCACGGAGGAGAUGCUGCCUCACUGCCUGGUGAUCGGGGCAGACUACAGCCAUGGCCUGGUCUCAGACGACACCACGCAGCAGAUCGAGAGCACACCGGGCCACAAAACCCAGCCAGUCGCGACAGAGUCAUAGGGGAGAAUGGACAGACCAGGGUUGCAUUUCUCGAAACCAUAGUUGCUAACUACGUUAGUUAGUUAGUUUGUUAGUUGCAAUGCAAUUUCCCAUUGGCAACUACUACCCAAGUUGCUAACUGCUAAGAACUACGCUUUCGAGAAAUGCACCCCAGAGCGGGGUGGACAGACCAGCGGAAAUAUACUUACUUUGAUGCCAUGGCCUGGUCUCAGAGGACACCACGCAGCAGAUCAAGAGCACGCCGGGCCACAAAAUGCAGCCAGUCCCGACACAGUCAUAGGCAAAAUGGAUUCAUUAGUCAAAGUCCAGUUCCACAUUGUAGAGAUGGGGAGUAGAGCUGCCUAGCCAGGACUCGAACACGGACCUUCUGGGGUAGUAAACUUAGGCUCUUACCGCUACACCGAAGAGCCAGGCUCGUUGGUGUAACAGUCAGAACACACCCCCAACCCUAGUGAUGGCCACUCCAUCACACACAUAUUCCAAAUCACUUGGCUUUACCUGUCCAAUUCAGCCAGGUGAUUGGCUUGUUGACUGAUCAUUUGAUUGAAUUGGGCAGGUAAAACAAGGUCAUUUGGAAUAUGUGGCCUUAGAUUCUAACUAAUAAAUCCAUUUUGCCCAUCAGUGGUCACAGGGGAGAAUGGACAGACCAGAGCGGGGUUGGACAGACCAGGGGAAAUAUAGUUACUUCUUCCAUACACCUGAUGAUGUACGUAAAACGCACACAACACAUAUGGUAUACAUAUGGUUAUAUGUACAGAUGUCUUGCAAACAAAGUUUUGAACAUUUAACAUCCAUAGCCUAUUUAAUUAUACUCUUUGAUGUACUGUAUGAUAGAGAUGUUUUAAAUCUCUAUUCAUUUUUGUUAAAAUAAAAAGUCAAAUGUUCACUGUGCUCAUGAGUCCAUAGGCUAUUGGAUUGACUUGUGUCAUUUAACACAUUGAGUGCCAUGCCAUGCCUGCAUUCUGGACCACUUGACGGUUUCUGUAGAACCACAGAAUAUUUGUUAUAACUAUGGACACUACGGCUACCUUGUUUGAAAGGUGAGACAACCUGUUGAUUUCUAGAUGCCUGAGAUAUCCCAAGCUAACAAGAUAUUUUUUCCCCCUAGGAAUACUUCCCAAUAAAUUAAUAAUUAUACAUACCUCAUGAAAACUUACCAUGAUUUUACUAUGUCUAUGCCUAAACGUGUUUUAACCAUGUUUUUAUGGUUACCUUACCAUGAUAUGUGAUGAAUAAAACCAUGGUAAUACCAUGGUAGCCUACAUUAUACAUGGUAAAAUCAUGGUAAAACCACUAAAACCAAAGUUGUUGCAUAAAGAAGAUGGCUUUUCUUCUGCAUGUUCCACCCUGUCACACUCACAGCAUAUGGAAUAUGUGAAGAAAUGGAACAAGAAUCUGAUUAAUAAAAAUGACUUGUAGUAUUUA